AUGAAGCUUCCCAGGCUGUCCUUCUCGCUAUCAACCGCUUCAACGACAUCUAUACCUCCGGCUCUGGCAUCGUUCCCCGACAAGACCGUCUCUCUGCGUGACGGUCGAGUGCUGGGAUACACUGAAUACGGCUGUCCGACAGGCUACCCGCUACUCUACUUCCACGGAUGGCCCUCUUCACGCCUGGAAGCCUUCCUGGCUGACUCGAUAGCCAAACGCCAUGGACUCCGCAUCAUCUCCCCGGACCGUCCUGGCUUCGGCAUGUCCACCUUCCAGCCCCAUCGCCGCAUCACAGACUGGCCCAACGACAUUCAGGAUCUCACCCGCCACCUCAAAAUAUCCCGCUUCGCCAUCCUGGGUGGUUCGGGCGGGGGGCCCUAUGCGGUAGCCUGCGCCCACGCCCUGCCUCACAAGUCGCUCUCCGCCGUCGGUGUGCUUGCCGGCGCCGGUCCAUGGGUAGCCGGCACCCAGGACGUACCUCUUGUGUCCCGGAUGAUGGGCGUGGCAGCGAAUAACUGUCCCUGGGUGUUUACCGGCAUUACGGACAUGCUCGUCGGCUCGCUGCAGCGGGUCUCGACUACAGGUUACGUGACGCGCUGGCUCGACAGCUGGAUCGAGAGCACCAAAAAGGAAGACGACACGACGCCCACGCACGAGGGCCGACAGAGCCUUUUGCGGAUCGCGUUUGAGGGGUUUGCGCAGGGAGCUCGUGGAUUCGUGCACGAGGCGCAGCUGCUUUCGAAGGACUGGGGGUUUCGGUUCGAAGACGUCAAGUACGAUAGGAUCCGGAUCUGGCAUGGGAUCAAUGACGCGAAUUCGCCCAUCAGGUUGACGAGGUACAUGGCUGAGAAGCUGCCUUGCUCUGAGCUCCAGGAGUGGGAUGACACUCAUUAUACCAUCGGCGAGCGUCUGGAAGAGGUCAUCACGGAGCUUGUACCUGAGGACAUACGAGACAAGCCUUGA